AUGUUGACCACUUUCAAUCAAGCCGUUGCUGGCGGCGAGACAGCUGGCCAGGCGAAGAAGUAUACGGUCAAUACCGAUACGAUAUACUAUUCCGAGGGCAACGUUUAUUUCAUCACAUCCGACAAUGUGCUCUUUCCUUUCGACCUCGAGCGUCUUGGGAAAGUCAGCUCAUUUUUCCGAGAUCUGGGCGACAUCCCGCAGCCUUCCGGCAAAGAUAUCGGAGAUCCCGUUUCCGGCCAAAGCAUCCUCGAUAAACUCAACGGGCUAUCGCUCAACGAGCAAGAAGACAUCUCCACGCAUACGGAUGUUAUCAUCAUCUUUCCCGAGUGCGAUUCGAAAGCUCUCCAACCUUGGUUGAACCUCGUCUCUUUUGGGGGAGCAUACGGAUCAGGCCUGAGAAUUUCUUGCGAGGACUGCAGAGAGCUCUGCACGUUGAUGGACAAGUAUGGGUGCGACGAGAGCCUGUACGAAUAUCUUGUUGUAAGGUUUUAUAAUUUUCACAGAUAA